CUCUCCCCUCCUAUUACACAUUUGCUAUUCCAAAAUUAAGUGCUUUGUGCGGUCUUCAACUUUAAAUCACAUUAUGAUUUCAGUCAUAAGCGAAAUUCCGUAGCCGCGGUCAAGAUCACUCGCUUUUUAAAUGUCUUGCUACGAGAACCCUUGAAUCUCAUCCAGUGUAUUCGGAAUCAUAUUCAAUCUUAAAAAUAAUCAAGAUGUAUAGUGUGUGAAAUCUAUUUAAUGAAGUUUUUUAAAACGUCUGUUUAUAUGUGAAGUACUAAUAUUUAGGAUAAAUUUUGAAUCGUAAUUCAUAAUUAUUGAUGUUAUUAUUUUUCACUUCCUCGUUUUGUUUGCUGUUUAAUAAUAAUUUACUUCUGUGAUAAGAUUGACGUGUGUGCUCGAGUUUAUAUUUCAUAUGCUUAUUUAAAUAAUCAAUAGAAACGAUGUGGCAAAUACGCAAAAAUAUGUUUUUUAUGUGUUUUACUGCUGGCCUUGCAUUGCUGGCCUCCAAGUAUCGCAUUAACGUACUUCAGAGCGUCAAGCAAAUUUGCCAUAGUAUUACAAAGAAACAUAUAAGUCAUAAAAAUAAAAGAAAUAUUGAAGAUAAUAAUGGUAGAAAAGAAUUAAAAGUUUCACUGGACAAGAUUAUUCUGGCUGACUCACCAGAACAAUGUGAUUACGCUGUUCAACGUAUUCGCUGUAAUUUAUCAGAUGGAGUAUUAGGAUUUGAUUGUGAAUGGAUAAAUGGAGAAUCUGUUUCCCUGCUUCAACUUGCAACUCAUAAUGGUGUUUGUGCUUUAUUUCGUUUGAAUAAAAUUGGCUUUAUACCUUUACAACUUCGAGAACUGCUGGCUAGUCGUAAUUUCCUUAAAGUUGGAGUUGCUUCAUUUGAAGAUGGAAAAAAAUUAGCCAAAGAUUAUAAUUGCCAUGUAUUUGGAACUGUAGAUUUACGUUCAUUGGCACAUAGUUUUUCUUUGGUUGCUCCUACAAACUUAGCAGCAUUCAGUGUUCAAUACUUAGGUGUUGAAAUAGAUAAGGUUCCAGAAAUAAGAUGCGGGAAUUGGAAUGCUGAUACACUCUUGGAUGAACAGAUAAAAUAUGCAUCAUGCGAUGCUUAUGCUUCAGUUUUAAUUUUUUACAAAAUAAUGCAGAAGGCAAGGCAAAGGCGACCAUUAUGGAAAAAUUUGAUGCUUUAUGUAAAAUACUUACAAAAUUAUACCAGGGAACAAAGGUUUUUCGAUUUACCCAAUGAAGUAAUUGACGCAAGAUUCAAGGGUCAUAAAGAAAAAACUAUCAAAAAUAAUAAUAACAAUAUUAUUGUAUGCAGUAAUAGUAACAUUGAUAAAAAAGUUGGUCAAAUCAUUGAAAGAAAUAGUAAUUCUGAUUAUAAAACUAGUGUUCCAGCUAGAAACAAGCCACUUUAUCAUAACUGUUACUUACAAGCACCUGAUGGUGACAUUUUAUGCACUUGUGAUAAGAAAAAAGCUGAAUGGUAUGUCUCAAAGCAAUUAGGAGAAAUUGUUCAAGAAAAUCCAUUAACUGUAAGACUGAAAUUUGAGCCAUCUGGUCGUGCAUCAGGAGAAGUUGGCAAAUAUUACACACAAGUUAAAGUAAAUCAAUGUGUUGUGUGUGGAGCUUCUGAUAAAUUUAUAAGAAAAAACGUUGUUCCUAGAGAAUACCGUAAAUAUUUUCCAUUGGUGAUGAAGUCACACCAGUCCCAUGAUGUUCUACUACUGUGUCCUUCAUGCCACGAAGUGAGCAAUUUUCAAGAUUUACAUCUUAGAAGGAAAUUAUCAGAGAUGUGUGAUGCACCUCUAUCGGGACCCUUAUUACGCUCUGAAGAAUCAAUCCCUAAAGGAUGGAAAAUGUUACAGUCUGCAGUUAAAGUAUUGAGAGAUGGAGUGUCGUUGCCUUAUGAAAGACGAAAAGAACUAGAAAUUUAUAUAAUGAAAUUCACUGGUCAAAAAGAAAUAACAGCAGGCUUUCUGAAUGUUCUACAUGAACAGCUAGCAGAAAAAAUAUUUCAAAAAAAUCUGCAAAAGAAGAGCUUAAAAAAAAAUAUUCCAGCACAAGUUAAGAAUCAACCACAUGGUCUGAAGGUUGUACAAUAUUUUGAAAAGAAAGAUGGAGGCUUAGUUGAGUUAGAAAAAUUAUGGAGAGAACAUUUUCUAGACACUAUGAAACCAAAGUUCUUACCAGAUUUAUGGUCUGUAAGCCAUAACCAAGAAAGAUUGUGCAUAAGACAAAGUGAAAACCGAAUAGAACCAUCAGAUGCUAAAGUAGCUGGGAUAAUAGUUAAUAAAUAAUGUUUGUUUUAUAGAUAAAAUUAAUUUUCAUCUGCCAAUAGUAUUCGUUCAAGAGCGAGUACUUGCAAGACAGUAUUGUACAAUUUGUAUAUUUAUUGACCAGUAAAUGUAAAGUCUAUUAAAGUAAUAUUUUUUUACUUUUUUA